AUGAUCUUCACUUCAGUUGUUCAAUCGUUAAAAUGUCCAUCGUGUGAAUUUCAAUUGAAAAUCGGCGAUUCAGUACCAGAACAAUCUUCAUUACCAGAUGAAUGUGAAAUAUCAGAGGAAGAUUGUUAUGCCCUACAUCUUAUCCAGAUGCAGUUCAUAAGAUCGAUCAUUCCUAUGAUCUGGAGUCUAAUACCGAAUUCGAUUGUUGAUGAACAAGCUCGUCAAUUAGAACUUCUAUUAUCGUCGAGUCAAGGACAAAAAAGUGUUACAAAAUAUCAAUUCGAUUAUAAAUUCCAACCAGAAGAAACGUUCUAUAUGGGUGCAGUUGCUUAUUGUCGUACCAAUGAUUAUUGUAUUAUCGAAGCAACUGAACAACUUCUUCGACAAUUAUAUUCAUUGAGAAAGUCGAAACCAAGAAUAAGAAAAGAACUUCAAUCAAUUCUUCUUCAACAGUUAUCUUACUCAAACUCGAGACUGAAGUGUUAUUACAGUUUAUCGAAUCGAAAUAUCAACUGUGCUGAUGGAAACUGUUUUAUUGGAAUAAGACCCUUGGCAACGAAAAUAACCGCUGGUUGUACUGCCGAAGCAGAUUCGGAUGAAGUGUUUGUUAGUACAUCCUUUUCUGUAACAAACAAUGCGAACAAAUUUCGUCUGAAAGGAACGUGUGAGAUGCUUCGCAAUCGGGAUCUAUGUAAUACAAUUUCAAUGCAUGAUAAACUGAUUAAAAUGGCACGAGAUUAUGUUUUAGGACAAUGA